CAAUCAAAGUGGAGAAAGUGGAGAGAGAAAGCAGAGAGAGAGAGAGAAAGAGAGAAUGGAGUCUGUGUUUUCGUCGGACGAUCUGGAAGCGAUGUGGACGGCGGUGACUGCGGGGACGUCGGCGGGAAUGAGUAGGAUAUCAUCGGAGUGGAUGUUGGAGAAGUUUCUUCUAGAAGCUUCUUCUUCUUCUCCUGCUUCUUCUACUUCUUGCCCGGUAUCUGCGGUGUCUCAGUGUCCGGCCCCCUAUGCUGACGUCACAGCGCCUUAUGCCGCCGCCGCCGCCGCCGCUCAAUCAUCGUCGUCGAAGUCGAGGCCGCGAGGUGAAGACGAUGAAGUCGUGGAGAUCAAGGUUCGUUCUCCGCCGUCGGAUCAGCCUCCGGAGAAUCCCGUUGAUCAUCAGGCGUUUCUCAGAAAACGUCUCGAUCUGGCGUGCGCUGCUGUUGCUCUCUCUCGGGAAUCUGGCGUAAAGCCUCAGGAAUCUGCCGUAAAGCCUCAGGAAUCUGCUGUAAAGCCUCAGGAAUCUGCACUUUCAAUGCAAACUCAAUCAAAGCCUUCUCAACUGGGGUCUCAAGCUGUUGUAGUUCUAUUCUCUUUCAUUCAAUGGCAUUUUCUACUUUUAGCCACUGUGGACCCUGGACAUGUAUUCCCCAUCACACAAGAUAAGGUUGAAGGUGGGUCACUUGGCAUUCCAGCCUCAGCUACCUCUCAGAAUAAAUCAGGGGCACAGGUUAUAACAACAACCAGUGGAUCAUCAAGAGAACUAUCUGAUGAUGAUGAGCUUGAAGGAGAAACUGACACCACUGGUAAUAUGGAUCCUGCUGAUGAAAAGCGUGCUAGGAGGAUGCUAUCUAAUCGAGAGUCAGCUAGACGCUCCAGAAGAAGAAAGCAAGAACAUUUGAGUGAACUUGAAACACAGGUUUCACAAUUAGGGGUUGAAAACUCUUCAUUAUUGAAGCGUCUCACAGACAUUAAUCAAAAGUACAAUGAAGCUGCUGUUGACAACAGAGUUUUAAAAGCUGAUGUUGAGACAUUGAGAACAAAGGUGAGGAUGGCUGAGGAUGCAGUUAAGCGAGUCACAGGGUUGACCUCUCUGCUUCCUGCUAUACCGGAUAUCCCGAGCAUGGGCAUGCCAUUUGUGAACAACACAUCUUCCAACACAUCUGCAGAUGCUGCUGUGCCUGUCCAACGCGACUCCAACCACUUCAUCCACCCACCGGUUCCUAACAAUCUGAUUGCUCCUCCACAUGACCAGAGGUUGAACAAUGGCUUCCCUACCAAUUGCCCUCCCCUCCCCACUGAAAGCCUACUGAAUGGCGCUGGGCCAAAGAACAUGCCUCAAACAUCGCCAAUGCAGAACGUUUCAAGAGUUUGUGUGGGUGCUAAUCCAUGUGGCGUGAUGCCUGGUUGGGACUCGGUGCCUUCCCAUGUAACUACAAACAUUAAAAACCAGAACUAAAAUCUGGUAGGUGCUGGUCUCUCCCCUCUUUUAUUCUGGGGUUUAGGGGCUUAAAUGGCUGAUCAGCCUGCUACAAAUAUAUCUUAUGAUGAAUUUUGAUCAUGAGUCCUUCACUGUACUCAUGACUUCUAAUUUCUGCGUUUGGUAGGGACUUUUGAGUGUGCUGGUUCUGGUUCUGUUAUCAGAUAAACAGUUUCCUUGUCAUUAAAAAUAAAAAAGGCAAUGUUUGAACAUAAA